AUGUCAUUCUACGACCACAGCAGGGCUGGUGCAGCUGGGUUUGCCUUCCCACAGGGUGCAAUGGACCACAGGUCCGGUGGCAUGGGCGGCGGGGUUGGUUUCGGGAACAUGUCACAAGGCAGUGGCGGGCCCGGUGGUGUUGCCGGUGUCGCACCGGACCCACUGCCCUCCGGGUUCUUCAACGCUCUGUCGACGAGAGGGUACGCUCACGAGCCACCGUUGCUCGAAGAAGUAGGGAUCCACCCGCAACAUAUCUGGCAGAAGACAAGGAUCGUGAUGGUUCCCCUGGGCGCGGCAGCGACCACAAGCACCGCGUCAGAGGAAGUGCUCACGGACUGUGACCUCGCGGGGCCCCUGUUGUUCUUCCUCACGUUUGGGCUGUGUCUGUUGCUCGCCGGGAGAGUCCAUUUCGGUUACGUCUACGGUGUGGCGCUCUUUGGCACAGUCUCCCUCCACAACCUUGCGAAACUCAUGGGGUCAGCGUCCAACGGGAACUCCCUGCAACUGUUCAACACGGCCUCGGUGCUAGGGUACUGCUUCCUGCCCCUCUGCUUCCUCACAGCAGCGGGGAUCUUCACCUCUUUGAACAACACAGUAGGGUACACCUUGGGUUGCCUCGCGGUCCUCUGGGCCACUUGGUCAGCGUCCGCGUUCCUCAACGCACUGUUGCAACUACAGGGUGCAAGACUGCUCAUCGCAUACCCGCUGCUCAUCUUCUACAGCGUCUUCGCCCUCAUGGCCAUCUUCGUAUAG